AUGUCGCGCCUCACAAUGCGCUCCCACCUGUCGGAAGAGCAAGUCCAUCCGGACCCCUCGACCACGGUUCCGCUCCUACCCGCCUCGGCGCCUCUGCCAUACCAAUCCACGCCCUUACACAAACCACCUCGCUGGUGGCCGCAAUACCCCUCAGGGCUCGAACCGAACACCUGGGCGCGUCUUCGACAUCUCUAUCGCGAGGAGCUAGCCGAAUUCUUCGGCACCCUUCUGAUCCUCCUCUUUGGCGCAGGUGUCGAAUGUCAGGUAGCGCUGCACUACCACACGGAGACACGCGAUGCAGCGUACGGGUCGUACCUCUCGGCGCGUCUGGCUUGGGCUUCAGGCGUAGCGUUGGCGGUGUGGGUGUCUGGUGGGGUGAGUGGAGGCCACUGCAAUCCCAGCGUCACCAUUGCUUUGGCGUUGUUCCGAGGCUUCCCACGACGCAAAGUGGUCCCAUUCAUCAUCGCUCAAACCCUCGGUGCGACGGUGGGCAGCCUGCUCGUCUACGCCAAUAACAUCACCAACAUUGACCGGUUCAAUUCGGGCUUACGCACCGUAAAGGGGCUGGGGAGUACGGCGGGGAUGUUCUUCUCCAUGCCAGCCCCCGAGUUGAGCUACCCACAAGCGAUGUACUCCGAGUUCCUCGCCACCGCGGUUCUGCUCUUCGUCGUCUUCGCACUGGCUGACAGCGCCAACCUCAAGCCUCCUCAGGGAACCCAGCCGUUCGCCAUGUUCAUUACGCUGCUCGCCAUCGGCAGCAGUUUAGGGUACAACACGGGUUAUGCCAUCAACGGGGCCAGGGACACCGGUCCGAGGAUUGCGUUGUGGUUGGUAGGGUACGGCGCGGAGGUGUGGACCCACGAUAGCUGGUACUGGGCUUGGAACCCGUGGCUGAGUAGUGUGCUGGGUGGAGUGGUGGGCGCAGCGACGUACGAUGCCUUUUUGUAUACGGGUGUGGAUAGUCCGGUGAAUCGGCCGCGGAGAGGAGGGGACGGCAGGGGAGACUAUGAAGCGUUGGCACGAGGAGAGGAAGAGGAAGUGUAG